AUGCGCUCGACGUGGUUCCUCGCGCCACGCACGCAGUGGAGCUGGGCCAUGGCGCUGCUCAACGACAUGCAGCCGCACACGACGCCCGCGCCGCCCGAGCACUUCGGCCGGCUGCCGGCCAUGUCGAGUGCGGCGGCGCUGGCGACGUUUGUGCCGCGCGUGCUGGCCUUUGUGGCGCUGCAGCAUGCCGUGCACCGCGCCUGGCGCCCGCUGCCGCUGCCCGCCGCCGUGCUCUACUGGAGCGUGGCGUACCAGGUGUGCGUCGGGCACGCGGCGACGCUGCUGCUGCGCAUGGGCGCCAAGUGGGGCUUCUUCGACGGCGCACGCCCGCGCGACAAGGUGCCGGACCUCAUGACGACCAAGAUCGCCGCGGGCAUCCUCUGGUCGUGCGUGGUGCGCAUCGCCCUCGGCGCCCUCUUCCUCUACGACGCCGCCGCGCCCGUGCGCGUCUCGCUCGCCGCGCCGCUGCAUCUCUUCGUCUUUGCCAUGGCGCUCGACCUGUGCUUCUACACGUACCACCGCAGCUGCCACGAGGUGGACAGCCUGUGGGCGAUCCACAAGACGCACCAUCUCACCAAGCACCCGUCGCCCGCGCUCGGCCUGCUCGCCGACCCGGGGCAGGAGUUCCUCGAGGUGAUUCUCUGCCCGACGCUGGCGACGCUGGCGACGAAGCGCCUCUUCCCGGCCUCCUUCGGCUUCUACGAGUGGGCGCUGUGCAUCAUCUGCAUCAACAUCAUGGAGGUGCUGGGCCACAGCGGCGUGCGCGCCCACCUCCCCGCCUUCGCCACGGGCUGGGUGUUCGGCGUGCUGCUGCCGCGCGCCGUGCUGACCAUCGAGCAGCACGACCUGCACCACCGCGAGGGCUGGCGCCGGAGCACCAACUACGGCAAGCAGAGCCUCUUCUGGGACUGGCUCUUCGGCACGCUCGGCGAGCGGCGCGAGGGGCGCGACGACAACGUCGACUGGAGCCUCGGCCUCUGGGACGCCGUGCCCGCGGGCCACACGACGCCGCCGAGCGCGUAGCUGCGGCGCCGCAAACGCCUUUGACGAUGGCUUGAGCCUCCUGCUGCUGCGCUUGAUGUGGUGUGCGGAUGGCCUGAGCAAUAGAUGCAAUGCAAUCGUGAAUGUGCUUGACUUGAC